GUGACCGAAAAGGAAAUUCUUUAAACUGAUUGAUUGGUGACAGACCAAUUAAUUAUUUCAUUGGACGAUGUAGUGAAUUUUCAUCACCAGGUUUCUUUAACUUGAAUGAUACAGUACGGAGAUGUAAUAUUUUAAUCAUAAUGCGGAUGCGCUGCGAUAAUAGUGUGUUAUGUUUAGCGGAUUCAAUAGAUCGUAUGCAGACAGGUGAAUUACAGACCCUAAAAACCAUCUAUUGGUUCCCAAAGUAUUUGUUUUAAACCCUUAUUAAUGGUUCGGUUAGAGUUUAUGGGAUAAUUAUUUUGUUAUCUUUACAGCGAAUGUGCCAUGCUUCAUUUAGAAUUCGUAGAAAAGGUGAGUAAACUGGAGGUGUCUGCUUAAAAUCAUGGGAGAGAAAAUUCAGCAGUUGAAAUCGUGCAUUCUAGACUUAAGAAAUAAAAUCGAGGUUGCAGAAGAGAAAAUUCGAAGGGCGACGAAAGCUUUGGGGAUAAAACAACGGAGAUGUGAAAUGUUAUGGGAAGACGCCACAUAUAAACGCCGAAAGCUUGCAAUUAAAAAAGAAAAGUUGAAGAAGACGUACGAAGAUCUGGAGGCUAACCAUUCGAAACUGAAACAAGUGGACGAAUUACUCUACACGAAUACCAUGGUUAUCAAUAAGAUCAAAGACCUGGAGACGCGCAACACUCAAAAAAAUUUUUCGCUGGAAGUUUUGUUGAAAAAAACACGAGCGAAAGCUAACGAACUUGAAAACAAAGCAAGCGACCUCCAGACACAAGCUAAACACUAUAACCGGGAGAUUAAAACAGCAAAUUUCAUCGAAAUGAGAGCGCAGAGGAAAUGCAGCGAUUUGGAAAGCAAGCUUGUUGCAAAAAAGAAUCUUUUGGAACGACUGCGUGUAAAGCGCGAGAGAUUUUACGAAGAAGAAAAAGAUCGUAUUGUUCAAGCACACGCGCUGGGUGAGAAAAUCAAAGAGAGUACUAUACGAGCUGAAGCUGCAGAGAGAAGGUUGUAUUUGCUUGAAAAUAAAGUUUCAAAUCUGCGACAAGAGCUUUACAAGCAAACAGGGGAAGCUAGGAAAAUGUUCGUGCUGAAAAACGAACUAGAACACUUAUCCCUUGAAUAUUAAGGUCAAGGAAACUUCUAUGAGCAUAAGUCCUGGUUU